AUGGAAGGCGACCAUGCUUCUCCACCUCGUCCUCUGUUCCAAGAUUAUGUACAUUUCGGAAUGGCGAGCCCAGAUUCAAUUCGCAUCCUGACCCUCAACUGCUGGGGUCUCAAAUACCUCGCCAAAUACCGCAAUGAGCGUCUCUCCGAGAUAGGUCGGCAGCUCGCCGUCUCUGACCCGCCACCCGAUAUUGUCGGCCUCCAAGAAUGCUGGACGCAGCAAGACUACGAAUCGAUUCGCUCUCAAAUAUCGCACGUCCUGCCCUAUGGUAAAUUCUACUAUGGUGGAAUCUGGGGCGCCGGUCUCGCCAUCUUCUCAAAAUGGCCCAUCGAGCAAUCCUCCAUGUGCGAGUACCCGCUCAAUGGCCGCCCAACAGCCUUCUUCCGCGGCGACUGGUUUGUCGGAAAGGGUGUGGCCUGUGCCCGUAUACGGUUUGGACAGGGAAGUCACGAUGUCGCUGAAGUGUUCUGCACACAUCUACAUGCGCCCUACGAGCAGGAGCCCCACGACAGCUACCUCGCACAUCGAACAGCACAGGCGUGGGAAAUAGCCAAACUGAUGCGCGGCGCUGCGGAGCGGGGCCAUUUGGUCCUCGGAUUAGGAGAUUUUAAUAUGCUCCCGUCGUCCUUUGCGCAUAGACUCAUCCGUGCGCAUAGUCCAGUUGUUGAUGCAUGGCAGAUGAUAUACCCCGACUCUUCAGUAGGAGCGGCGAAGGACGCGGUCGAGAAGGCCCGCGGGAAGCCUGUCCCAUCGGCAGAGUUCAACCUGCACCAUAACGGGGCGACCUGUGACGGGCCAUAUAAUAGCUGGCGUUGGUCAAAGAAGGACCAGAAGCGCCUUGACAAGGGCCACGAUAUCCCAGUCAACAAAGACGGCGAGGACAUUUAUGGAAAGCGACUUGACUAUAUAUUUGUUGGCGACGAGGUGGGAUGGUCCGUGAAAGAUGUCAGUAUCGGAAUGACAGAGCGACAUCCUACACUCCGAUGCUCGCUUAGUGACCACUUCGCUGUCGAAGCUGUUGUUACUCGUGACUCUUCGUCCAUCGCUAAGGAACGAGGUGGCGAUCUUGAAAAGUCAGCCCGUUUAACUCUCCCCGCGGAAACUUACACGCAUAUUCUCGACAUGGUCCAUGCCUACAUGCGUCGAGAGCGCACCCAGCGACGCUGGCGCCUAAUCCAUUUCAUUGCCUCGGUGCUGGUCACUAUAGGUUGUCUUGUAGGUGUCUGGUGGAACGGCGAUCGCCCAUACAUACCGUUCAUUCUCACGCUUGUGAGCACGCUUAGUUUCGGCGCAGGUUUGUUGGAUGGAUUAAUUGGAGGAUUGUUUGUCUCAAGUGAGCUGAGGGCUCUCAAGGAAUUCGAGUGGGAGAUUCGCAACACGAAGCGUCUAAUUGAGCAGGCGGAAUCUCAGCCCUAG